CGGGCCUCCAUUGGCUGGCGGCAGCGCUCCGAUAGAUUGUCGCCGUGUUUGGGUGUAGCAGCUUACGGGGGGAAAUGGCGGCCGAUACGGGGAGAUACCGGGGUUCAGUCACGAAAAGCAAUGACCCUUCCGGGCUUCUCAUCUCUGUCAUCAGGACACUGUCGAGCAGCGACAAUGUGCAGGACCGGGAGACGGAGAAGGGUCGCCUGGAGGAGGCCUAUGAGAAGUGCGACCGCGACCUGGACCAGCAGAUAGUGCAGCACUACACGGAGCUGACCACAGCCAUCCGCACCUACCAGAGCAUCACUGAGCGCAUCACCAGCUCCCGUAACAAGAUCAAGCAGGUGAAGGAGAACCUGCAGUCAUGUAAAAUGCUGCUUCACUGCAAACGGGACGAGCUGCGGAAGCUCUGGAUCGAGGGCAUUGAGCAUAAGCACGUGCUCAACCUGCUGGACGAGAUCGAGAACAUCAAGCAGGUCCCUCAGAAGCUGGAGGCCUGCAUGGCCAGCAAGCACUACCUACACGCCACCGAUAUGCUGGUGACGGCGGUGGAGUCCCUGGAGGGCCACCUUCUGCAGGUUGAGGGCCUUAGUGACCUUCGCCUGGAGCUUCAUAGCAGGAAGCUGAACAUCCACCUGGUGCUGAUCGAUGAGCUGCACCGGCAUCUCUACAUCAAGUCCACGGGCCGCGUGGGCCAGCGGCAGCGGGGGGGCCGGCCCGGCGGCCCGCCAGUGAAAGACCAGACACAGCUCACCCUGCUGGAAACCAGUGGUGUGCCAUCCCCACGCAAGUUCUUGGAUCCCUCCCAGUUCGGCCCCCUCUCCGGCUGUAACGUGGCGGCGGACGACCUGGAAGUGGACCCGGAGGAGAACAGCGCCGAGUUCAUGGGAAUCCUCAUCAAGGGCCUGGCCAAGCUGAAGAAGAUCCCCGAGACCGUGAAGGCCAUCAUCGACCGGCUGGAGCCCGAGCUCAAGCAGAUCGUCAAGCGCUCCACCACCCAGAUCGCGGAUCAUGCCUACCAGCGGGGGGAGAGCCUCUGCCAGGAGAAGCAGCCCCGGCUGUUGCUGGAACUGCUGGAGCUGCUGUUCGACAAGUUCAACGCGGUGGCUGGUGCACACAGCAUUGUGCUCGGCCAUCUGCAGCGCAUUGUGGUGUCGCCCACGGGUGCCAAGGAGGGCAUCAAGCUGUAUGAGCAGGCUGACGUCUUCGCCAAGAUCCAGACCGUCUUGCAGAUGCUGCUGAUGGACUACCUCGACGUAAAGAACACGCGCAGUGCCGCCGAGCCCGCAGCCCAGCUCUCCUACGCCAGCAGCACCGCCGAUUUUGCCGCCUUCUUCGCCAAGAAGCGUCCACAACGGCCGCGCCAGUCACUUUUCAAGUUCGAGUCCUCGUCACACGCCAUCAGCAUGAGCGCCUAUCUGAGGGAGCAGAGGAGGGAGCUGUACAGCCGCAGUGGAGAGCUGCAGGGUGGCGCUGACGACAAUUUGAUCGAGGGCGGGGAGACCAAGUUUGUGUGCAAGCCAGGAGCGAGGAACAUCACUGUGAUCUUCCAGCCACUGCUGAGGUUCAUCCAGGAGAUCGAGCUGAGCAUGGGGCCGGGCCAGGCCAAGCAGUGUCAGCUGCGAACCUUCCUCACCUACUACAUCAACGACCUCUUCCUCAACCAAGUGCGGACGGAGAUCAACAAGGAGAUCGAGACCGUGACCAAGGUGUCUGACCCCCUCAAGAUCCUGGCCAGCCCAGACACCAUGAAGGUGCUCGGUGUGCAGCGCCCCCUGCUGCAGAGCACGGUCAUCGUGGAGAAGUCCAUCCAAGACCUGAUGACCCUCAUGGGCGACCUUAGCGCCUACUCCAACCAGUUCCUGGAGAUGGUGUGUGACAAGCUGAAGGAGUACAAAGAGAUCUGCAACACCGCCUACAGGGGCAUUGUCCAGUCGGACGAGAAGCUGACCAUUAGUGCCUCGUGGGCCAAAGACGAGGACAUCAGCCGCCUCCUGCAGUCCCUUCCCAACUGGGCCAAUAUGGCCCUUCCCCGGCAGGCACGGCAGAAGAGGGAGGAAGAGGAGGACUUCUCCAGAGUGGCCUUUGCCAAGGAGUCGGAGGUGCUGACAGGGAACCUGGGGGACAAGCUGAUUCCUCAGAGCGAGAUCCUGCGGGACGUGAGUGACCUCAAAGCCCUCGCCAAUCUGCAGGAGAGCAUGGAGUGGCUGGCUGGGAGACUCAAGGGCUUCUUCUCCAGCCUGCUUUCCUCACACAAUGUCCCUGCAGGCUCCGACACCCAGGUGAGCGGUGACAGUGCGUGCAGCAGGGAGCAGAUCCUGCAGACUCUCACUGACCUGUCCAAGGCCUUCCAGGACAUCGCCGACCGCUGCCUCCUGGUGCUGCACCUGGAGGUCAGAGUGCACUGCUUCCAUUACCUCAUCCCCUUGGCCAAACAAGGCAACUAUGCCAUUGUGGCCAACGUGGAAAGCAUGGACUACGACCCCCUAGUGGUGAAGCUGAAUAAGGACAUCAGCGCCAUCGAGGAGGUGAUGGGGGCCAACCUGCAGCAGCACAAGUUUCAGUACAUCUUUGAAGGUCUGGGCCACCUGAUUUCCUGCAUUCUUAUCAACGGGGUCCAGUACUUCAAGCGCAUCAGCGAGUCCGGCAUCAAGAAGAUGUGCCGUAACAUCUUUGUACUGCAGCAGAACCUCACCAACAUCACCAUGUCCCGUGAGGCAGACCUGGACUUCGCCAGGCAGUACUACGAGAUGCUGUACAACCCGGCCGACGAGCUCCUGAACCUGGUGGUGGACCAGGGCGUGCGCUACACGGAGCUGGAGUACAUCAACGCGCUGGGCGUGCUGCACCGGAGCCAGACGGGCGUAGGCGACCAGACCGUGCAGAACAUGCGCAUGCAGCGGCUGAAGGAGAUCAUCUGCGAGCAGGCCGCCAUUAAGCAAGCCACCAAGGACAAGAAGAUCACCACCGUGUGACCGCAGCGGCUCACACAGAGUCCCAGCAGGACUGCCCCCAGCUUUCUGUCCCCCCCCCGCCUCAGUCUUGUGCUCUUACCCCCCACACGCACACACGCACCUGGUCCCUACGUUCUCUGCACAGCUGGUCACUACCACAGUUCUGCUCUUACCUGCUGAAGCACCCAUUAAGCUUUCAGUUCACUACACCCCCCCAUAAUUAUGUCAAACCGCUGAUCAAGUAAAAAUCCCAUCUAGACCUGGGCUGGUACCUUGCGGGACAUUUCAGGUCUCCUGGUGGUAAUAAAAUCUCACUCGGGUAACCUGGGUUUGUGUAGGCAGCUGUUCUGCGUCUGGGCUCCUCCCCUCCCCGAUACCAUGCUUUGGGUUCGGGAUUGAAUCAGGCGCACAAUCCUGCAUCACCUUUACCCAGGAGACACUGCGGGCCGGAUACCAGGCUGCAGCCGCCCUUUUAAAUCGGCGAUCCGGCUCGCUUUCUCACUGCGCAAAAGCGGCUUCCCAGGUUUUAAUUCUUCUGUUUUAAACAGCCUGGCGGAUGCACAGAGAUAUAUAUAUAUAUAAAAAAAAAGUCACAUUAACAUAUAAAUCACAUCCCCGUGGUGAUGUUAGGCCAUCGUUGGGUGGAAAAGCACUCUACGGGGGCGGGGCUAUUCUUCACAGUGCAGGAUGCGGAAUUCACCAGAACAAUCCAUCAUCCCGGGUGGGUGCCGGCGGACGCGCGUGGGGCUGAGCGGGAGGGAGAGGCAUCUGUGAACAGUGGCUUCUCAUUUCUCCUUUUGGCAUUCCUGGAAUUGGGGGAGAACUGGGGCUGAGAAUUGCUGACCCGUGUGUCCCUUACAGUGAUGCAGCGCAGGCUGGGACUGGACAGCUAGAUGGGUGUGUGGGGGAGAGGAACGCCAUUAGCGAGCUCAGCUCAGCGCGCCUUCAUGAUGUAGGGACUGGAAGCAGAUCGGGGAGCAGAGAGCAAGCGAUCGUCAGCUCCUGCUCUUAUUCUCACUCCUGCCUUGUGUUUCUCUCCCGAUUUUUACACUAAUCUUGUUUCUUAUAUUUCAUGUAAAAUUGCCAUCUCCUUCAUUGCCAACUAGACCGCCAGAUGCAUUGUACUGGAUGUUUUGUAAGAGACCGUAACAUAUAAAAAGGGAUUUGCUGGAGUUUUUUUUCUGUUCACUUCAAAAUGAGAAAAUUGCCUUGAAGCGUGUUAAAGGAAAGAGUGAUUUGCCGAUGUAUUCCAACGCAUAUUAAACUAUUAAGGGAC